CAUUCCACCAUGGCUGUCCAACCCAGCAUGUCCUCCCAACCUCCUCCCCCCCGUACAUCAACAUCCAAACCAAGCAUCACCUCCGAACCCAUCACCCUCUCCAACUGGUACCAGCACAUCAACUGGAUCAGCACAACGCUCGUAAUCAUCGUGCCCAUCUACGGCCUCUUCGCCAUCCAGUACACACCGAUCCACCGUCUGACGCUCGCGUGGUCGCUCAUCUACUACUUCCUCACAGGCUUUGGCAUCACGGGAGGCUACCACAGACUAUGGUCGCACCGCUGCUACUCUGCACGGCUCCCGCUCCGCAUCUUCCUCGCGUUUGUAGGCGCCGGGGCGGUGCAAGGCUCGAUCAGGUUCUGGAGUAGCAAGCACCGCGCCCACCACCGAUGGACGGAUACGCACAAGGACCCUUAUAACGCUCUGCGGGGCUUCUUCUUCUCGCACCUGGGCUGGAUGAUCUUCAAGCAGGAUUCGAGGAUGAUUGGACGAACGGAUAUCUCGGAUCUCGAUGAAGAUCCUGUCGUGGUGUGGCAGCAUAAACAUUUCUUGGAGACGAUGUUGAUGGCGGCUUGGAUUUUCCCCAUGUGCGUGGCUGGACUGCUGUGGGGGGAUUGGUGGGGUGGGUUGGUGUAUGCGGGGAUUAUGAGGGCUUGUUUCGUCCAGCAGGCUACGUUUUGUGUGAACAGUCUGGCUCAUUACAUCGGCGACCAAGUCUUCGAUGACCGAAGGACUCCAAGAGAUCACUGGAUCACCGCCCUUGUGACCCUCGGCGAAGGAUACCACAAUUUCCAUCACGAGUUCCCAAGCGAUUACCGCAACGCCAUAUCCUGGCACCAAUACGACCCCACGAAAUGGUUCAUCUACCUCCUCUCCAAAACCACUCUCGCAAGCAACCUCAAACGCUUCCGCCAUAACGAAAUCGAGAAAGGCCGUCUCCAACAGCAGCAAAAAGCUGUCGACAUUGCGCGCUCCAAGCUAGACUGGGGUACACCGCUCGCAGAUCUCCCCGUGAUAUCGUGGGAGGAGUUCCAAGCAGAGGUGGAAGGUGGUGCGGCGUUGACUUCGAUUGCGGGCGUCAUUCACGACGUGAGUGCGUUUGUCGAAGAGCAUCCUGGUGGACGGGCGUUGAUCAAGAGUGCGCUUGGUAAGGAUGCUACGGCAGUUUUCAAUGGAGGCGUGUACAUGCAUAGUAAUGCGGCACACAAUCUGUUGUCGACAAUGAGGAUCGGAGUGUUAAGAGGCGGGCAGGAGGUCGAGAGCUGGAAACUGGAGGCCAGUGCUAAGUCAAAAGCGGAUGGAUUGAUGGGCGAUUUGAGACAACGGAUGACGGUUACGAAGGACGAGGCUGGGGCUGCUGAGGCGGCAUGA